GCAUAAUAUGCUUAUUAGUGUUUGCGUGGUUCCCGACUCUUCUUCUUCCUUCUGCUAGCUCUCUACUGUAGCGGUGGAAAGGCUCUUCAUCCAUCCGGCUUGUCCUCGCCGGUUCCCUGCGCUUCUGGACGCCUUCCCGGCUCCGGUGGUGUGGGGAACCGGGGAUCUGUCAUCCAGAUGUAUAAACCUCUUCCUAAUAAGUAGUUCUUAGCUAGGUUAGGGUUAGUUACCCAUGGUAGAGUCGAUGUGGUAUGGCCAUGGGUUCUUCUCCCUCCCGUUAUUCCUUGGUGAUGGCAUCAAUUAUGGUGAAAUCUCUGAUGGCUUAGCUGUGAGGUGCUUAUGUACUUCGCCGGCUUCACCAAGCAGAUUUGGGCUUUUCCUCUGCUGCAUCAGCAACAUUGGAGAGAGACGAGGGCAAUGGGCCUUCAAGUUACUCUGUGCUAGGCUGAUGGGUAACAAGUCAGCUGGAAAAGGAGUCUCCACCUAUAAUCCUACGUGGCUUGGCUUCGCGUGGAAACAGCUUCGUUCUCAAUAAGCAGAUGAUGCUCAAAACGGGAAAGUGUCAAAGUGUUGUUGAUGCAUGUGACUGGGAGGGACGGGAAGAAACGGAUGCUGCUCUGUCUAGCUCAAGGGCCUGCCGCCUCGGCCAGUACAGUACUACGAGCAGUGACGACGACUUGACAGCCGGAGGAGGCUUGGGGAUGAGUCGUCUCAUCUGCAGUUACUACAGGAUGGCAGUUGGUCUAUGAGCCCCUGCCUUGCCAACCAUGCAGUUCCUUGACUUCCUUCUGAACGCCCGAGGGGAGUGGCUCAGGAAAAUGUUAUAAAGAGCAGCCACACUUUGUGGAGAAAAUCUCUUGACUAGCAUGAACAUGAGUACACGAUUGACGAAGUCAAAAUUAAAUGAUAUAUCACUCCCGUUCAAACGGCGAAGGUAUAUAUGGACGGAACAAUUAUAUUUAUAUCAA